AUGACUACAGCGCAUCGGCCGACAUUUGACCCUGCACGGGGCAAGGAAGCCCAGAGAGGCCCUGCAUACCACCAGCGACUUCUCCCAGCACAUACAUAUCUCAAAGUUCGGCAACCAGGACAAGGCGGAGCGGCAGAUGCAGAGAAGCGGGAUCUACGAGCAGAAUUACUCGCUGCAGAAGCAGCACACUUUGCAAAGACCAAAGGACAAUCAACCGAAGCUACCAGCAGCAGUCCCCCUCGGACCUUGAAACGCGAGCUGGAGGCCCCUCCAAGUGAUGACGAGAACGAAGAUCCCGAUGCGAAACGAAGAAGGAUAUUAGAGGAAACCCGUGAAAUCGAUGCCGACUCGGACAGGGGCGACAGCGACAGCAGUGAAGAAGAGAGCGACGAAGAGGACGAAACGGCCGAGUUGAUGCGCGAACUCGAGAAGAUUAAGAGAGAAAGAGCUGAGCAGAAAGCCAGAGAAGAGGCCGAGAAGGCCAAACAAGCACAGGAACGGCGAGAGGAAGAUAUUGCACUCGGUAACCCGUUACUAAACCCCAAGGCGUUCAACGUCAAGCGUCGAUGGGACGACGAUGUGGUGUUCAAGAAUCAAGCCCGAGGGACAGAGCAGAAAGGCAACAAGGAGUUUGUCAAUGAUUUGCUACGAUCAGAUUUCCAUAAAAAGUUUAUGUCCAAAUAUGUUCGGUAG